AUGGGUGGAAAUAGUUCACAUGCGAAGUAUCAUGAAAAUAUCUGUAAUACACCACCAAAGAACCAUGUUCAACUAUUAUUUGAUCCUCGAUCUCCUAGUGAUGCCAUUGCACGAACACCAAUUCAAAUAGAUAGUCAAGUAUUAUCUAUAAAAUCAUAUAAUCCUGUUAUGCCACCUGUCAUUGAACCAGAUUUAAGUAUAGACGAAGAAAACAAUGAAAAUGAUCAGAAUGAAGAAAAAAGAAAUCAUGAAUCAAAAGUUUCAAUUGGCGUCGAAUCAACAUUAGAUCCAACUAGAAUAUUAACUCAUUCGGAUACUAAUCAUAAUGGACAAACACCACUGUAG